AUGGUGGCAAUAGCUAACCUUGCGAAUACCAUGGAGGCUAAUGCUGCUGCGACCCUGCAAGUUGUGCAGUGGUUGGGCCAACCAGCUGGGAACGGAAACGGAGAUGGAAACAGCAAUGAUAAUGAGGAAGGAAAUGGUGAUAACAUGGGAGGUGCUCCGAUGACCUUGGCUACUUUUCUCAAGACGGCUUUCUAUAAGAAGUACUUUCCUGAAUCUGCAAGGGAAGCGAAGGAGAUAGAACUUAUGCAGCUUAAGCAAGGUUCCUUGUCUGUGGCAGAAUAUACUAACCAAUUUGAGGAGCUUUUCAGGUUCUCUAGGGUGUGUCAGGGUGCCCCGGAGACCUACGAAAGCUGGAAGUGUAUCAAGUAUCAAAGGGGAUUGAAGGAUAACAUUAUGACUGCUAUGGCUCCUUUGGAGAUUCAUAUUUUCUCCGAUCUGGUGAGCAAGGCGAGAAUUGUUGAGGAAUAUGCAAAGACGGUAGCCUCGUCAAAGGACACUCAUGGAGGAAACACUAGUCGGGGACGUGGCAAGUACUUUCAGCCAAGAGGUCAGAAUUUUAAGAAAGGAGGACAUGCGCCUCAAGGUCAAGGAGGCUUCAGAAAGAACACUUAUGAUCAGUACCAGUGUGGCAAAGGGAGGGGAAAUCAGAGUAAUAUUUCUCUGGAUUUAAUUUGUGAUCGUUGUGGAUGUUUUCAUCCAUAUGACUCUUGCAAGAUUGGUAUAGGUGGUUGUUUCAAUUGUAGUUUGCCUGGUCAUAUUGUGAGAGAUUACAAUCAUGGAAAGAACCCGAAUGCGGUUGCAUUGUAUGAUACUGGAGCUUCGCAUUUGUUUAUUUCGUUUGCUAAAGUUGAGGAACUAGGCUUGAAAGUGUCAGAAUUAGCGUUUGAAUUGCAUGUACAUACUCCGCAUCAGACGGUUAUGACUAGGUCAGGUUGUAGACAAGUAGGUUUCAAGUUUGAGGGUAGAGACUUUGUGCAUAAUCUGAUUUUCUUACCAAUGGUUGGGUUGAAAAUGAUACUGGGGUUUGAUUGGUUGUCGAAGAACCGGGUUUUGUUGGAUUACUUUGAGCGAUCAAUUCAAUUUAUUUCGGAAGGAGAGAAUGGAGCAGUUGUAGCUGAGGGUUAUUACCUGAACUCUGUAAUGGUGCACUGUAGUGGGGAAGAGUUUCAGGGUUAUAUCUUGUUGGCUGCUAAUGCUUUGGGUGACACCCAAAACUUAGAUUAG